CCAGGCUGCUGGGGGUGGAAGCAUGUGUGCUAUAAGAGGGCCGCCCUGCACAGGGCUGGACAUACUUGGCUCCCAACCUAAUCUGGAUCCCAGAUUAGACCAGACCCUCCCCAGCCCCAACAGGACAGGCCCUUCCUCCACCUGGCUGCCCCAGACGCUCAGAGAGGCCACAUGGCAGGUUCCCUUCUCACGCCCCUGCUGAUCCUACUGUUGUCCUUAGCCCUGGGAUCUGCAGAUAGACAAGCCCAGGAUGAAGGUAAUAGGAUUAUUGAAGGGGUUCCAUGUCCAAGAGACUCUCAUCCCUGGCAGGUGGCUCUGCUCAGGGGCAGUGAGCUCCACUGUGGAGGCGUGCUGGUCAACAGGAUGUGGGUGCUCACCGCCGCCCACUGCAAGAUGAAUGAGUACAACGUGCACAUGGGCAGUGAUCGGCUGAGCGAUAGGAGAUCCCAGAAGAUCAGGGCCACAAGGUCAUUCGUGCACCCCAGCUACUCCACGCAGACAAACGUUAAUGACAUCAUGCUUGUGAAGCUAAGUCGCCCGGCCAGGCUGUCAUCAAACGUGAGGAAAGUCAACCUGCCGUCCCGCUGCGAACCCCCUGGGACCACAUGUACUGUUUCUGGCUGGGGCACCACCACCAGCCCUGACGUGACCUAUCCAACGCAGCUCAUGUGCACAGAUGUCAGGCUCAUCUCCUACCAGGAGUGCAAGAAAGUUUACAAGGACCUGCUGGGCAAAUCCAUGCUGUGUGCUGGCAUUCCCAACUCCAAGACCAACGCCUGCAAUGGUGACUCGGGAGGACCACUGGUUUGCAACAACACCCUUCAAGGCUUGGUGUCCUGGGGAACUUUCCCUUGUGGUCAACCCAACGACCCAGGUGUAUAUACCCAAGUCUGCAAGUACACUGACUGGAUAAAUCAGACCAUGAGACAGCAUCGCUAAUCUAUCGAAACUCCCAUCUCUCCAUGAGAUCGCCUUGAACAGGAAAUUCACAGAAAUAAUGACAUCGAUGACCUAGAGUCAUAUUUGAUUUUACCUUUCCUCAAAGGCUCAUCAAAACCUCGACAAUAUGACAUGUGUGUAAACCAAUUAAAUUAGAAAAAAAAAAAGAACCUCAUACCCACCAAAGCAAGAAACACAAAUACCUCAGUUCUGGUAAAGAUGCAGUGAGACCAGCAGUCUCAACCACUGGACUUUUAUAUUGAUACAAUUUGUACCGAAGGCAGUUGAGCAAGGUGAAUCUAGACACUUACUCACCACAUUUGACCUAGUAAUUCUAGUAACUCCAAAACAUGGAGCAAGGUGUGAAUUCAUCACAUUAUUUGUCAUAGUAAAACAGUGGAAACUGA